CUUUGUUACUUUCACGCGAGCAGUGCACAUUUUGAACGUUCAAAAUGUACAGGCUCAUUAUAUUUGCCUUUGUGAUCGCAGCCGCGACGUGCCAACAACAAGAAGGAGGCAGACGUGUGCCCAAGUACGCGGGCGACCCGAAGACAGCAGCUAUCGUGCAGGAAGCGCGGUAUCUCAGUGGAAACGGUGCUUUCGGUGCCGCCUACCAGCAGGAGGAUGGAAUCAACUUCAAAGAGGAAACUGACGCCGAUGGCAACAGGAGAGGAAGUUACUCGUACAUUGACCCCAGUGGACAGAGGAAAACAGUGAACUAUAUCGCGGGAAAGAAUGGAUUCCAAGCCGUUGGUGACCACAUCCCUACCGCUCCCCAAGCUGCCGCGCCCACUCCCGGAUACACUCCCGACCCCCGAUACAACUCACCGGAUUACAAAUCUCAACAAUACAGUGCUCCCCAACAGUACGUAGCCCCCGAGCCCGCGCGCAACUAUGGUGGCAAACCAAACGAGGAUGACGGUCAGUACCACCCAGAAUUAUACGAGCAGAACUACGAGGCUCCCCAGCAACAGUACCAGCCACAACAGCAGUACCAGACCCAGGCACACUUCCAGCCAGCGCCUCAGCCUCAGUACCAGCCACAGCCCCAGUACCAGCCUGAGCCACAGUACCAGUCUAACAACAUCUACCCUGGUACACAGCAAGCACAGUACAGUGGCUUGCCCUCGUCCCAACAAUACUCGCAGCCCGCCCAGUACUCGCAACCUCGUCAACAACAACAGUACUACGAGCCCACGACGCAGCAACCGACCCGCUUCUUCCCUCCCGGCAAAUUCAGCCUGAACAGAGCACCCGAUGGCUACACCUACUCAUUCCACAAAGUAUAAAUCUAAUUAUAGAGAGGGCUCCGGCGAUUUGUAAAGGCCGAAAUACGUAAAAAGCAUGCAUCAAUUAGCAACUCGCCGAGUCAUCGAGGGGCGGCAGUGUGCGUACUCCGCUCUAAAGCAUUUCUUAAUUGUUGUUUGCUGUGAUAUUGUGAGUUAAUGGACAGGUAUACAUAUGUUGUUCGUUUUGUUGCUAAGAUGGUUUGAGGGCCGAACGAGCGUCAGUUGACGAUAACUGAACUUUGUAAAUAAACUUAGAAGUAUACAAGAAA